AUGGCCACCCAAGCUCCAAAAUCCAAGGAAAUCGAGAGCAAGGUCGUCCGCGAAAAUCCAGGGUAUCUAUGGUUCUCAGAUAUCACCGAAGAUAAAUUCUACCAUCUUCAAGACUACGAAACUACCAAACAUCUCCAUUACUUUUACCAUUUCAAGGAGCAAAAGCUUCGGGUCCAGAUACCAGACAACUUUCAUGAUAGUCUUACUACGCAGCUUUUCCUCCUUAGUUGUGACAAGCUAAAAUCCGCGGGCUUACUCAAUAUUGCUUGUCUGCCAAAUCUCUCGCCUUCGAUUAGGCUUGGGAAUGUCGCAGCUCAACCGCAUGCAUGCUGGCGUCCGCUGAACAAUGAAGAUUUUACAGUUUUUGCUGAGGUCGGAAAGUCAGAGAAAGACAAUGAACUUGCACAUGAAGUUCGAGACUGGAUUGAGUAUCCUGGAUCAUCAUGCCAGAUCUGCCUUGUCGUUGAGCUCAGCAAUCCCGAUACAAUCACACUUUCAAUAUGGCGCCCAAAACAUCCAUUUAACUCCAGCCGACAGCUUCGAAGAAGCCAUACUUCUGCGAGCAUAACUGAGAUAGCAACCAUAACCCGGGGCCAUCCUGAUCCUGUGGUCCAAUUCAAAAGUCAUACAUCACCCAAACUGAUCCCAACUGAGAUCCGACUUCCGGUGGUGGCUUUCACUGGAUACCAGUUCCUGAGUGGUUCUAAUGUCAAGUUUGGGGAUAGUAUUACUUUGACUAAGGAAGACCUAGUAGAAUUUGGGAGACUAUAUUGGAUUCAGCGAAAUACUACCCAGUGA